AUGGAUUCGGUUACGUCGAUUGGCAGUAAUCAGGACGUGGAUGGUUUCCGGAAAAAGUACGGGCCCAAGUCUACUGACUCGCUGACGUUCUCCAUCGCUCGCAUCAUGGAACCGGACAUCCGGAAACAGCCAAGUGCACCGUCGGCCGAUUACUUUCAUGCACUCGAGUCGGCUUUCAAGAAAUACGUACCGGCGUUCAGAUCCAAUCCACUGCAAACCACGCACUGCGCGGUCACCUCCAACGAUGGACGGACACCACUGACCGUCAACAACAAUGACCGUUAUUURUCGACGACGAUGACGACAACGACGACAGCAGUACAACUGUUUCACUAUCAACAACAUCCUAGGCUAUCCUACGAUACAGAAGACAGACCAGCUCAUUCCCGUCCCCAACCACCGCCGCCAUCAUCAGAACUUUCGACGCUGGCUGUACUUCCGGUGCUCCCUGCACGUCAAGUGCCACCACCACCGCCGCCACCAACAUCACAUCAGAUGACGCUCGGGCGAUUUGCAGUAACCAAGUCCGUUCAACCGUCAUCUGGUGCCAAGGAGCUAUCACAGACGAUCACCUCUGUCACACCAGUUAAGACUUUCACGUGCAACCAUUGCGGAAAAGUGUUCUACGCUCAUUAUAACUUGACGAGACACAUGCCCGUCCACACAGGCGCCCGGCCGUUCAUUUGCAAGGUAUGCGGUAAAGGCUUCCGUCAAGCGUCUACUUUGUGCCGCCACAAGAUCAUACACACCGAAGAAAAGCCCCACACGUGUGCCAUUUGUGGCAAAGCGUUCAACAGGAGCUCGACGCUGAAUACACACACGCGGAUACACGCCGGGUACAAGCCGUAUACGUGCGAAUAUUGUGGAAAAGGAUUUCACCAAAAAGGCAACUACAAGAAUCACAAGUUAACGCACAGCGUGGAAAAAGCGUAUAAGUGCACUGUGUGCCAUAAAGCUUUCCAUCAGGUGUAUAAUCUGACGUUUCACAUGCACACGCACAAUGAAAAGAAGCCGUUCACGUGUCACGUCUGCGGCAAAGGGUUUUGCCGGAACUUUGAUCUCAAGAAACACUUGCGCAAACUCCACGACGCUCCUUAUCCGCAAAACCAAUCCGCAGCAGUCACGCCACAGGCCUCCACAGCAGCACUUACGACGCAACCAUCUUUGCCACUGCCACCGCCGCUGCCGCCGUCGCCGCCGCAGAACGUCCGACACGGCCUUGACACGUGCGUGCCAUCGUUUCAAUCGGUACAGACUGGAUCCCACAGGAACGCAAUUAUGUCGCACAACUCGCCGCACCACUACUGAUUCCCAACAGGGGUUGGUUUGGCGAGACAGUCGUCCGUCGGGCGAAUUACUUAUAUGGUG